AUGACGCGCGUCGUCGUCCCCAACACAACCUACACGUUAUCGUCAGCGUCACCCUCGCCCUCGCCAUCGCCAUCGCCAUCGGCCUCCCCGCUCCUCCGCCUCACGCCAGACAUUCGGCUGCGCCUUUACCGUUACUUGGGAUUGACGUCGUGGGACGGCCGCCCGUACGAGUUCGAUCUGCGAGGUGGACGAGUCAGCGGCAGGCGAUUUGCCCGCUGCCCGCCCGAGCCUAUCGACUUCUAUGGCCUUCUGAUCUCCUGUCGUACCAUCUACACCGAGGCAGCUGCCUUGCUUUACUCGACCAAUAGUUUCGUCGUCCACCAUAACGCCCCUGGCCAGCUACCUGGGCUCCAGGCCCUCGGGGCGCUCACUGAGCCCUCGCGCCGGUCGCUAUCCCGGCUUAAGGUUGUCCUCUGCGAGGCAGCUUGCCACAAUAGAUGCCACAAUAGAGUGCUGGAAUACGGCUACUCCGGGAGUUACUGUUGCCAAGGCCCUGAUCCCGACGGCGAAUGCUCCGACUCACAUAUUCACCAAGCUCCGCUCCUAAGCGAUGGUUGUACUAGAUCAACCGCUGCUGACGACGUGCGACGCGCCUGGCAUUCCGCCGCCACCCAGCUAUUCGCUCACAUGGCCGCUGGGCGCCUCGCUCUCGCGCUUGUAUGCGAUAUCAACCCGCAGCACCCCCUGGCGCUCCAACUCGCCGAGUGUAUUCUUGCCCCCUUGCUCCUCCUCCCCCGCUCCUACCUGCCCGAAUGCAGGAUUCGCCUAGCCAAGACGCCCGACGGGGGGCCGCUCCAGAAGCUCGCUCAAGACGCCGUUGUGCAUGCCUGCGGGCUGCUCGCCCCUGUUCCGUACGCCCGGGCCGCGUCCUCGGAGCAGGCGGAGCAGCCGCUCGGCGCGGCGGCUACCGCCACGCUGACCAACCUGCCACGCGAGCUCCGUGUCCGUAUCCUAGAGUAUACCGACCUAGUCGCGCCACGGAAGCAGGUGGCGUGGAGCCGGCAACACCGUGCGUAUGUGCUGCUCCGCCUCCGGCGCACAAGAAUCCCCCCCUUCCAAGACGAGGAGGAGCUAUACGAUAGCCAGUUUUCCGAGUGCUACCGCGGCCGACCUGAGGGCUGUUUCUGCCGGCGCCGCCACACGGCCUUUUCGUCGCACACGCAAUGCACCUGCUGGGCACCUCCGGGGCCAUCCCUCUUUCUCGUAUGUCGCACCCUAACACAGGAGGCCCACUAUGUCUUCUUUUCCCGUAACCGGUUCAUCAUCCACGACUACCAGACGCAGGAGCGCUGGCGUGUACCCGACCCUUCAUCAAGCACUUCCCUCCCUUCCUACCCUUUUGACAGAUUCGCGGUGUCCGAGUUCCUCCACAACAUAAUACCCGCAUCCGCCCUCAGCCACCUCCGUUUCCUCGAGCUGGUGUUCCCGCCCUACCCCGCCGCCACUUGGCCCGGCCCAGACCACCCGGCCACACAAGACUGGCAUGCCACUGUCGCCUGGCUCCGGGACCGGCACCGGCUCUGCUUACCGGCGCUUACCCUGCGAGUGAUGGUGAUGGACGAGAGCAAUGGAAUGCGAGGUAGCGAGUACGAGGCCACAGCUGAGGAGGCCAAGGCCGUCCUGAUAGCGUAUAUUAAAAUCCUCGUAUGGCCGCUCCGGGGGCUAGCUGCCGAGCCGCUUGGCCUCGCCCGCUUCUACGCUAGCUUCCGGUACCCGCAGCUGGGGCCCCGGCGCUAUCGGCCCUCAAUAAUGCCCGGCCCGUGGUAUGACCCGUUCCUUAGGAAAAGGGACCUCAAGGAACGGCUCGAGCGCUACGUCAUGGGGUCGCGGUAUGAAAGCCUGUAUGCGGACGGGAGGACAGAGCCGAUGCCGAGCGAUUGGGAUCACAUGUCUUUUGAUUGGAGAAAAAUUGCGACACCGCCCGUCGAGCUUGAGGACUUUUAA